AUGCCCAUCCCCCAGGUCACCGUGGCCGACGAGCCUACCUGGCCCGAGGUCACUGCCUGGUCCACCUCCGUCAUUCUGCCUCCCAGCGGGAUGCCCAUCCUCAUGGUCACCGUGGCCGACACGCCUUCCGAGGCAACCCCCACCGCUACCGCCGCUACCACCGCUGUCGCCGAGGACAGCACUGACGCUACCACAGUCAUUGUGGAGACAGACGAGGCUUGGGAGGCUAAUCUCCUCGAGGACAUGAAGGUCGCUUCGAUGAAGCGGACCCAGCACAAGGAGAACAAGAAGAGGUGCGGCAAGAAGCGGUGCCCUCCUUGCGCCAUGAUGUAG